AUGGUGUUUUGUUAUAAAAUAAUAACAGAGUCGCCGAGGCGCUCCGGGUGUGUGUCGCCGAGGAAGAAAUCUCCAACGAACAACAUUAUUCAAAAUGUACCGGAUUCUCUGUCACUACUGCUCGGAUCCCUAGAGUACGAUUCAAAUAGUACAGAUAUUUUGGACUCCAUUCCUGAGAGAGAAUGGAAGCUAUUGGCAGCAUUAGCGAGAAAAAGAGAAGAAGACGACGAACGCGAGAAGCUUGCUGAUCAGUUCCGACGCAUGUGGCAGAAAGAAAAGGAAGAAAGGGAAAUGGUGGAAGCAGAAACAAAUAUGCAAUACACGCGCUAUAUCACAAAGAAGCGCCGCGACGAGCAGAGCUGGCACGAUUACAAACAAUACCAAAAGUCGUUAGAACUGCAGCUGAAGAGACAACAGCUCCUGGACUGCAUCAAAGAAAAGGAAGAGAGGAGUGCGGAAGUGCUAGCAUGGAUUGACGAUCAUAAGGCAAACACGAUGGUAGAUAGAGCACUGGAAGACGAAGCUCGAGCUCUACUAGCGGCUGACAGGCGCAGCCGCAUUGGCGAAGCGGAAGAUUUCCGAAGAAGAGUGCAGCUCAUUGACACGCAGAAAAAAUCUGAUGAUGCUGGCAAGAGGCGGAGAGCGAUGUUGAAAGAUGCCUCACGGCGUCUGGCGAUCUCCAACGCCCUAUCGACGUGGGAGUCGUCGCUAGUGCGACGCGAAGUGUUUGCCCUGGACACGGCGCGCCGGGCGCAGCACGCGGCCAGCGCGGCGCUGACGGACGCGCGCAGCGCUUCUCUGGCCCGAGCCAGGGACGCCAGGAAAAGACGCGCCCGGAAACUAGCCGCUGUUACACAGCAGUUAAGGGAAGCUAUUCGCUCCGGACGCAGGUCGUAA